AUGUCAUCUUAUUCGUCUCGUAAUAAUCGUUAUUAUGAUUCCAUGCGUCAAUCACAUGGAAAUAAUUCUCGAUCACAAUCGGGUAAUCCUGUUGAUGAUGACAAUAUGGAAGGAAUGUCUGAAGAUUUACAAAAAAUCUUUGAUGAUGAUUCAAAAUGUGCACGUUUAUUAAAAAAAGUUCUACGUGAUGAACGAUCAUUUGAUUUACGUGUUCAACGUAUUCAAGAAUUUCAAGCUUAUCUUGAAAAAUCUGAUAGUAGUAAAUUUAUUAUGAAAUUAGCUGAACCAGCACUCAAUGUAUUAUUCGAACAGUUUCAAGAGAGAUCUCAUGAAACUAUUCGAUCUGAACUUGCUCAUUGUAUUGGAUUAAUAGGUUAUGUUAUGUUAAAUGAAGGCAAUCCAAAAUUUGCUGAAUGGAUAUUUGAACGUUUAAAUGAAGUACGAAAAAAUGAUGUUCAAAAACAAUUACUUGUCAGUGCAUUUCGUCAAAGUAUUCAAAAUGAACAUGAAGUAUUAUGUUUAACUGAUCAUAUUCAACAUAUAAGUGAACAAUUAAAAAAAAUUCUUGAAUCAGUUGUUCAUGCACCAUUAAUGAUUGCUGUAACGGAUACAAUUAUUGAUCUUUCGAGAAUUUAUCCUCAAGUAUUUCAAGAAAUAUUUGUUGAUAUUGUGGAUAUUCUUAUCGGUUGGUAUAUUGAACCAUUACCAACUGAUCGUAUUCUUGAAUAUACAGCUCAAGCAUUACAUAAAUUUCGUCCGUUUUGGAUUGAACAAAUUGAAUCAACAUUAACUUUAUUAGAUCAUUUUAUUGAAGAUGCUGAUAAUUAUGCUCAACAAUUUGAAAAUCAAGAUCAAAAUGAUGAUGAUAAUAUGAUUUCAUUUACAGACAAAAUUGCUGCUUUAUAUAGAGCUUUUGCUACUGUUCUUCGUGCACUUUCCGAUAAUUUUGCUUCAACACCAACAUUACUUCCGAUUGAUUAUGUUGAUAAUUGGUUACAAAAAAUUUUACAUACAACAACUAUAAUUAAACAAGAUAAAUUAUUUGGUAUUUUAGCUAAACAUGCUAAUACAACUGUUUGUAUUUUAUUAGAAACAUUUUCACAAUUUGAUGAACAAGUUCAAAAAGAUGUAUUUGAUUUUAUUACUCAACAAAUACUUCUUCAAACACAAGAUUGGCAAUAUGAAGCUGAUGCUAAUUUACUUCGUUUAAUAAUGAAAGUUAUUGAUUUAGCUGAUCAUGAUUCAUGUGCAACAUUAGCUAGUUCAAUAUUUGUAGCAAAUUCACGUAUAUGGCUUUAUCGAUUUUUAUAUUCAAAUUCGCUUAUUCAAGAUGUUUUACAAUUAUUUAAUCGUCUUUUAACAAUAAAAAGUAUUCCAGUUGUUCAACAAGUUUAUCAAGCUAUUUUAGCUGAUAUGACAUCAAAUUUUAAUGUACUUCUAAAUGUUCUUGAACAAAAACCAAUUAUUAUUGGUAGUGGACCAUCAUUAACAAGUAAUUUAAAUGAAGAUGAUGCAGAAGCAGCACUAAUUUUUGAUUGUAGUGCUUUAUGUCAAAUUGGAAAUGUAAAAGGAAAUUUAAUUGGAAUGUAUGCACUUUCUCCACCACUUUUUGAAUUACUUGCUAAACAUCUUCAAUUAACAAAUUCAAAAUUAGCUCGACAAUAUCCAGCUGUUCAUUAUGGUGUACUGAAAACUCUUUAUUCACAUUGUGCAGCACAUGAACAUUUUAUUCAUAAUUCAGAUUUAUUUAAACAAAAUGAUACAAAUAAUGUGAUGAAUUUAACAAGUUUAACAAAAGAUAAUUUUGAAGAUUUACUUAAACUUCAUCAUCGUCUCAUUGUUAAUAGUCAUCUUAGUUGUCAUGAUACAAAAAAAUUAGUAUUAAAUUGGCUUGCUGAAAUUAUUGAUGCAUUACCACAAGAAGAUAAUGGAUUACUAUCUUUACCACUUUUACUCAAACUUUCUCAUGCUAUUAUUGAUAUAGCCUAUUCGGAUGAAGAAGAAAUCUGUAAUUUAUGUUGUCGGUUAUUAAAUAAAAUUGUUAAAAGACAACGUGAUCUUGAUGUAUCAUUCUUAGUUCGUUUAUUUGAUUUAUGUCGAUUUUGGUUACAAUCUAAUGAAACCUCAAUUCAUGAUAGUUAUUAUGCUAUUUUAUGUUGUUUACCUGUUAAUAUUUUAACUAGUAAAUUUCCAACACAUGGUACAUUAUUAUCAUCAAAAAAUGAUUAUUCUGGUUUUGCUAGCAUUGUUAAACGAAAUCAUAUGAAUACUCCAUAUUUAGGAACAUUUACGACAAAUUGUUUUAAUUUAAUAUUAGGUUAUAUACUUGUUAAUCAUCAAAUGCCACGAAUGUAUGCAACAACGUGGCUUGAACGUUUAUUUCAAUCAUGUCAACGUAAAAGUAAUAAUGGAUCUUCAAAAGAAGAACAUUUAUCUGAAGAUCAACAUCGUUUAUUAAGUUAUGAACAAUUACCAAAUUUUGGAAAUGAUGCAUUGAUAUGGUUUUGGGCUAUAUGGGAAUGUGCACAAUUUUGUGUUAUGAAUAAAUUGAAAACACCACUUGGAAAACCACAAGAAACAUUUUUAGCACUCGAAGGUGAGUUAAUUAUUAGUCUUGAAUUUAUUGAAGUUAAUAUUACUCGGAUAGAAACUUUACGUUUUUUUGCUUGGCCAAUUGAUAAUAAUACGAAAAAAGUAGAAGCAUCUUCAUCAGAACAAACGAAUCGUUCUUCAACACCAUCAUCAAUAGCAAAUCCUCCAUUAACAUCAUCAUCAUCCGGUGAAAUAAAUGUUUCAACAGAUAAAGGUGAUUGGUGGUGUGAUUUACAUCGUUGUGGUCUUUUAUUACAAUUAAUUGAAGCACUUGAAAAAUGUAUGUACAAUGCAUAUGAAGGAGCAGCUCUUUCACUUCCACAGCUACCUAAAACUGUUAAAUUCUUUUUUAUUACAAAUAAAUCUACAUGUUUUGAAUGGCUUAAUCGUAUUCGUAUACCAAUUAUUUUAACAGCUGUACGAAGUGGUCAAUAUGAAUCAGCUGUACGAAAUUGUAAUCAAUAUUUAAUGCAUGUGUGCUCAUUAGGUCAAGCUGAGGCAUCAGAAUUUGAAUUUGUAAUAAUAUCAUUUGUUCAAUCCCUUAUUAAACUUCAUAAUAGUAUGGCUAUUCAUGGAAUUUAUAUAUGGUUAAAAAAUAUUCAUCAACUUGAUUGGUCAUGGAUACAAGCAUGUGAACAUGAAGCUGCUGGAAAUCUUGAACAAGCAGCUUAUGAAUAUAAAUUAUUAUUAAAUGAACAUUUUAAAACUCUUUCAUUGUCUAAUGAAACAAAAGAUGAUAAAAUAUCAGCUGGACUUGUAAAAUUUUUAACACAAAAAGUUUAUGAUUGCUAUUUAAGUCUACAUCAAUGGCCUGAAUUAAUUGCAUGGAAUGAUGCAUGUAUUAAAAUGCAAAUGGCUUUUUUACAAGAUGAUAAUGAUGAUUUACGUAAAGCUAUGGAAACAACUAUCGAUAUAAAUGCUAUUCGAGCAAUGAGUUGUUUUGAAAAUCGAGAUUUCGAAGGUUUAAAAGUAGCUAUGAGAAAAAUGCCUAAUUCACAAGCAACUGGCGAAGAACUUGGUCGAAGUAUUUCUUGUGGUUGGGAUAUGGAAGCAUUUGAUAUGUUAGCAACUGUUGAAACAUUAAAAGGAGUAUCAAAACGAAGAUCGGGUCUUUGGUCACUUAAUGCAGUACUUCAAUUAACACAAGAUUUAACACGAAUUCAUAAUGUUGAUGAACAUGCAUCAUGGUCAGAAGAAAGAGCAGCUAUUAGUCAAGUAGCAGCUUUAUAUCAAAGUGAAAAUCGUGAAGUUCCUCUUUUACCUGGUCAAAAAUUUGCACCUGUUCAACACAGUGUACGAGCAUUGAAUUCUAUUCUUCUUUACAGUCAAUCAAGUUUUAAUAAUCAAAGCACAUCAUCAGCUAUAAAUUCUAAUUGGACAGCUCUUCGAAUGGGUGCAGCACGAUUAGCUCGUCAACAAAAUAAUUUUACAUUAGCUUCAAAAUUACUCAUUCAACAAUUUCAAUCAACUCAUACAUGGUCGACAGGUCCACCAACAUCACAAUCUAGUAAUACUUCAUUAGGAUCUCCAUUACGUUCGUUUCAUUCUGAUGUAUCAUCAAUUGAAACCUAUUCUCUUGCUUCACUUGUAACAAUGAUUGAACGUUAUCAAAAUACUCAUAUGGUUUCUAUUGAACUUGAAACUGAAACAGGAAAAUUAAUGCAUGCUCUAUCAUUAAAUAAAGCUAAUAAUGUAAAUAUAACGAUUGCUAUUGAAUUUCUUUCACGAUCUGUUCUACGACAUUUAAUUAAUGAAAGUCAAGUAAAUCCAUCAUAUAAUAAUCAACGUUCAUUAAUUAAUAUUGAAAAAUGUUCAAGAAAUUUACUACAUAUUGCUAAAUGGUCACGUAGUGCAAUUGAAAGUAAUUAUGAAACAACAACAACAAAUGUUGUAUCCCUAGGAAAAUUAUUUCAAUUACGAAAACAAUAUCUUCUUACUGGAUUGGGUAUUGAUAUUGCUGGAGAACCUUUUGUUCGAAAAAAUAUUCCUCUUGAUGAAUUAUUAAUCGGAGAAUUAUUAGAUUUUUCAACAUUAACUUGUCCAUCUUUAGCUAAAUCAUGGUUUAGAUUUGCUGAUUGGUCUUAUAUUUGGGGAAGACAAUUACUUGCUCGAUCUAUACCAUUAUCUUCAGUGGAUAUGGGACAACAAGUUCGUGCAAUCCUUCCAGCGGAAGUUACAUCCGAUGAAAUAACUGAAAUAUCUCGUAUAUUAUCUUCAAUUCGAAUUUUAAAUGAUGAUGAUUCUGAACUUACUGCUGCUGAAUUAUCAUCACUUCAUUCGUAUCGUACAGAUUUAUCACGUGCUUGUUCAUUACUUACAAAAUAUCCAAUGUUAAUUGAACAAUUACUUGCAUUACAUCCACAAUUUGAUUUACGUCGUUAUUUUCUGUUAGAACAAUCUUGUCGUGUUUAUUUUACAUAUUUACAAUUAAGUAAUAGCAAUACUUAUGGAAAUUUAAAUGAAAAAAAAUCAAAUAAUAAUGAUGAUGCAUCCAAUGUUCUUGUUACAUUACGUUUAUUACGUGUACUUGUACGUUAUCCUCAACAAUUACGUACUAUAUUUGAAACAAAUCUUGUUAAUGUACCAACUGUUGCAUGGAAACGUCUUAUACCACAAUUAUUUUCUCGUUUAAAUCAUCCUGAUAGUUUUGUUCGAGAUUAUGUUACAAAUUUAUUAAUACGUAUAGCAAAAGAUUAUCCACAAUUAAUACUUUAUUCAGUUAUUGUUGGAAUAACUGAUGAUUCAAAAAUGAGACGUAUUAAAUCACGAGAUGAAAAUAUUUAUCAAAGAAAAUCAUUGAGUACACAUGGAUCAGAUGAGGAAAGAUCACAAAAUGAUAUUGAAGAUGACGAUGAAGAACAAGAAGAAGAAGAAGAUGAUGGUGAAGAUGUGGAAGAAGAUGAUGAUAUUGAACAACAAGAAAAUGUUGUAGCUAUGCAAAAUAGUUUUAGAUUAAUCUAUAAUGUACUUUCGGAAACAAAUGCACAUGUGGUUGGACAAGUUAAAUUAUUUGUACAUGAAUUACGACGUGUUACUGUUCUAUGGGAUGAACUUUGGUUAGGAACAAUGGCACAACUUCAAGAAGAAAUUAGUCGACGUGUCGAUGUACUUAAAGAUGAACUUCAACGUCUAGAAUCCAUGACACAUUUAACCAAAGAAGAAAAAGAAUAUCUAAUCAAAGAAAAACAAGAUGUUUUAUUUAAAUCCUUUAUAACCGUUCUUGAAGCAGUUAGUCAAAUAACUCGUUCACCUGCUGAAACACCACGUGAACAAACAUUUCAAAAAGAUUAUAGUAAACAAAUUGAUGCAGCUAUUGAACAAUUAAAACAACCUAUUAUAUUAUCUAAUCCACAUUCAUGUUGGUUACAACUUCGACAGCUUUAUUCAAUGUUACAUCGUACUGGUAAACGAUCAGGUACAAUUCAUGCUAUGAGUCAAAUAAGUCCAAAAUUAGCACAAAUUAAACAUAGUGUUAUACCAAUUCCAGGCGAAGAUGGACAGUUUCAUACAAUUCAUAGUGUUGGUCAAACUGUUCAAGUAUUACCAACAAAAACUCGUCCGAAAAAAUUAAUGUUUGUUGGAUCAAAUGGUCGUCGAUAUCAAUAUUUAUUAAAAGGUCUUGAAGAUCUUCAUUUAGAUGAACGUAUUAUGCAAUUAUUAUCAAUAAUAAAUGUUAUGUUUACUAAAAUAAAUCGAAAUGAACCAUGGUCAUAUGAAGCUAGAAAUUAUACUGUUAUACCAUUAGCAUCAAGAAGUGGUUUAAUACAAUGGGUUGAAGGUGCAACACCAUUAUUUACACUUUAUAAACGAUGGCAACAACGACAAGCAACAGCACAAACUUGGAAAGCUCAAAAUGAAAAUCAAGAAAUUACUUUAGCUACAGUACAAAAACCAAAUGAUGUCUAUUAUUCAAAAUUAAAUGCUAUAUUAAAAGAAAAAGGUAAACAACCAGUAGAAGAUCGUCGUGAAGUACCAAUGCCAAUAUUACGUCAAUGUAUUGAGGAAUUAAUACGUGAAACACCAGCAGAUCUUUUAUCACGUGAACUUUGGUGUAGUUGUCCAAGUGUUGGUCUAUGGUAUAAAAAUGUUCAAAAUUAUAGUCGUUCAUUAGCUGUAACAUCAAUGAUUGGAUAUAUGAUUGGUUUAGGUGAUCGUCAUCUUGAUAAUGUUCUUGUUGAUUUAAAAUCUGGUCAAAUAAUUCAUAUUGAUUAUAAUAUUUGUUUUGAAAAAGGUAAAAAAUUACGUGUACCAGAAAAAGUUCCAUAUCGUUUAACACAAAAUUUACAAAAUGCACUUGGUAUUGCUGGACUUGAAGGUGUUUUUUCAUUAUCAUCAGAAAAUGUUCUUAGAAUAUUACGUAAUCGAAAAGAAAUUUUACUUAAUUUACUUGAAUCGUUUAUUUAUGAUCCAUUAAUUGAUUGGACUGGUCAUGAUACAGGUGUACUCGCUGCUUUUUUUGGUGGUCAAAGUAAUUUAUUUGAUCACGUAACAAUUAAAAAACGUCAAGUUGAAAAAGAUUCUCUAUUACGAAUGUUUCAUCUUCGUACUAUUGAAAUACGACAGAAUUGGAUUACAUUAGGUGAAUCAAUUAAUCGUACAAUGAAUAAAUUAAUUCAACGUGUUAAUGAUAUAAAUGAAUUAGAAAAAAAUAUUAAUGAACAUGAUAUAAAAAUGAAUAUUAUAGAAAGACGUUUAGAUUAUUUUAAAGCAGCAUUAGAAAAUUCAUCAACAAAUCAUUCAUUAUUUUCAUUACUUGAUAGACGAAAAAAAUUACAAACAAUACGAACAGAUAUGAAUACAGCAAAAGAUUUAGUUUUAACACUUUAUCAAAAUCUUGAAUGUAUUUUAAUAAAUAGUAGUGAAGCACAUGUGGAUUUACAAUCAAAAAUAUUUUCUAAUAAACUUCAUGAUUUUGUUGAAAAUGAUAAUAUUUCGAUUAGUACAUCACCUGUGGUUCUUGCUGCAGAUUUUCUUCAAACAGCAGGAAAAUUAACACUUCUUCAUCAGAGUGAGCAAUUAGAUGAUGAAUUACGAAAUGCUUUAAAAAUUUAUCGAACUGUACGACAACCAACAGUUGCUAAUAUUUUAAAAAAUCUUGUUGAUCUUUGUCAAUAUUUACCUAUUGACUAUAUUCAAUCAUCCUUAUUAACUAAACUUAAAAAUCGUCUUGGUGAACUUUGUAAUAAUUUUACAACAGAAAAAUGUCAAGAAUUUUUAAAUCAUAUCGAUACAUAUUUCUUAAUGGAUGAAAAAUCUCCAAUACGUUCAGAAUUAAUAAUUCGAGCCUUAUCACUUGAUAAUCAAUUUAAUGAAUAUAUUCAAACUAUAAAUGAAGAAAUAACUAAAAUGUCUGAAUUACAAAUAUUUAUUAAUCAAUCAUCGACAGAUAAUAUGAAUUAUAAAAGUUUACUUGAUACAAAACUUCAAAAUUUAGAUCAUAAUGAACAUAUAAAUUACCGUAAUAUACUUUUACUUAUGUUAUUUGAUCGAUGGCAACAUUGCCGUCAAAUGAGUGAUAGAGCAAGAAAUAUUUUCAAUCUUUCAUCAUUAACAGAUGUCAAUAAUGAAACAUUUAUUAAUGAAACUUAUACACUUAUUAGUAAUACUGCUUAUUUUGCUUCAAUUAUUCAACAAAAUAGUAUAACAAUGUCAUCGAAUUCUUCACUUAUUGAUUCAAUAGUCAAAUUAAUUGGUAGUUUAGAUAAUAUCUUUCGUUUGUUAAAGAAUAUAUUAAACAACUUCGAAUUGACUACAAUCUCAUGCUUAAUUCGUGGUGCUUGUUCUAAACAGAAUAGUCUUACAUUAUGUAUGGAUUUAUUAAAUAAUGCUUUCAAACAAAUUCAGCCAAUGACAACUCCAAAUUCAACAACAUCAGUUGAUGAUACAUGUCAAACAGUUUAUCAACAACUUCGUUCAUCUUGGACAACAGCAUCAAAUGAAAUAUUUGAUACAUUUUUAAAUUUAUCAAAUUCUUUGGAUGAUCUUGAUAAAGAAUUAAAUAAUAUUUAUACGCAUUUUCAAACAUUGGACAUGCCUUCGGUCUGGUUACAAUCGUCAUUAUUUGAUUGGAAACAGACAAAUAUUGAUAAUGAUGUACAUCAACAAUUUUUAACAAAUUUUUUUGCUAUGAGUAAAAUUGCAACACUGCGACAAGUGUGUCAAUUGAUUGUUGAUCAUUCACAAGCAUUUGAUAAUAUUAAAACACAAAUAACAAAAGAUAGUGAUCUUAGUAAUAUAAUUAAACAAUUUAUUAUUCUUUAUAUUGUUCAAUAUCUUGUUGAUUUACCUUCUCUUGCAAUAAGUUAUUUAAUUUUUUCAUUAAUUCCGUCAUCUCAAUCUAUUCAUGAAAAUAAUCUUAUUCAAACUGAAAAUCAAUUUCAAGAUUUUCUUAAUAAUCUUUGCAUGAUAACACCAACAAAUCAAUUACCUGAACUUCAACAUAUCUUAGUAGAAAUCAAUACUAUCUGGCAAAAUUUGAAUACUGCUGAACAUGUAAAAACUUCAUUAGAUAUAUUACAAAUACGUAAACAUACAAAUGAAAUGCAGCUAAUAGCAUAUCGUUGGAAAAAUUUUUAUUUACUUAAUUCGAAUAAUAAAAAUCAACAACGACAAACUAUAUGUGAAGAAUUAACAACGGAUCAAAAUAUAUUAUCUAUUAAUGAUAGUACAUCUACAACAAUUAUUGAUAAAAUGAGUAAUCUAGAACAAACAGUUAUUCAACGAUUACGAUGGGCUGCUGGUGCUAAUCCAUUAGUUCAAGAUGUACUUGAUAAAUUUGAAAUUCGACAAAAAGAACGUGCUAAUGAAAUAGAUAAUGAUAAACAACUUUGUUCACAUCUUGUUAAAAUUCUUCAAUCAUGGCUUCUUUUUGAACAAUAUGAAGAACAAAUAAAAUUACAACGAGAUUUAAUUAUUCAUGCAAGAACAUUUGCAGAAAAAGGUUUAGAAAUUUGUCAAUUAAAACAUGAUAUUGAAUCAAAUUUUACUAUUGUUGAACAAGCAAUUUUAGAAUUUCCACCUGUUGAAAAUUUAAAACAAAUAACAUUACAAAAUCUUCCAUCAUUAAUCGAACAAGCAGAAAAUGAAUGUUUGAAACAUAAACGAAAUCGAAUUAAAGAAGAAAGAGAACUUGAAAAUCGUCGUGAUGAAACGAGUCAUUUAAUAAGUGAAUUAAAAGAACAUAUGUCUCAGCAUAAUACUAUCUUCAAAGAUAUAUCAUCUGUUUUGAAAAGUUUACUAAAAAUUAUUCCACAUGGUGCAUUACAAAAUUAUUCAAAUAUUCAUCGUGAAUUUCUUGAAUUAUGUCAUACUGUUGUUAAACAUACACUUCAUAUUGAUACAAAUAGUUCUAUGAAAUAUGAUGUACUUAUAACAAAAAUAAAACGAAUUUUAACAAUUAAACUGAAAGUUUUUGAGGAUUUAAUUCAAUUAAAUCCGACCAUUGAUAAUGAAAAUCGAGAAACAACAAUUUCAUCAACAGUAAACACUAGUGCACAACAUGAAAAUACAGACAAAAUCACAAGAGUUACUGAAGAACGAAAUAAAUAUGCUGUUGAAAUCUGCAAACGAAUUCGUGAUAAACUUGAUGGUUCUGAUCCUGAUCCAUUAACUCAAAGUUCUAUUAGUGAACAGGUUCGUUAUACAAUUCGGGAAGCAACAGAUAUCGAAAAUUUAGCAACACUUUAUGAAGGAUGGACAUCAUGGGUAUGA